AGCAGCAGCACCAGCACCAGAACCAGACGAAGAAGCAGACGACGACGAAGAAGCAGACGACGACGAAGAAGAAGACGACGACGACGACGUGCGCGCGUCCCCACGUACAGGUGUGCCGCUGGGCGAAAGGCGCGGAUCCCCGGAUGCGCGUCCCCAAACUACCAUCAUCUCUAGUCUUUUCAGACUGCAGCGACUCAUGACUUCUUCUCUUUCAACUCGAUAAAACAUACUACACCCCCUCCUCUCCUCAGGUGACCUACGCUGCAGGGCUAUGAAGCACACGGUCACGGGCUGCCAGACCCCCCCCUCUGUGACUGUCCGGGUCAAAGCCAACAGUGCCCAGACUCUCCAAAUCAGAAGAGGUCUGCGGCUCAAAAGGGCCAACGGCCAGAACGCCCAGGGUCCAUGGGGGGAGAGCCAGCCGGGCCGGUGGCAGGAUGAGGGGCACCGUGCCAAGGCGACGGCCGUGACUCCCACUAUUGUCAUCCAGCGGCAGGAGCUGGCCUCAUACUUCAGACUCUUUGAUGACGAUCUCAUUCAAGACUUCCUGUGGAUGGACUGCUGCCGGAAAAUGACCGACAAGUACCUUCUAGCCAUGACCUUUGUGUACUUCAAAAGGGCCCGCUUCACUAUCGCUGAAUACACCAGGAAGAACUUUUUCAUUGCACUGUACCUCGCCAACACCAUGGAGGAGGAUGAGGAAGAGAGUAAGUACGAGAUUUUUCCAUGGGUGCUGGGCAAGAACUGGAGGAAGCAGUUUCCCCGCUUCCUCAAGCAGCGAGACAAGCUGUGGGUUCGCAUCGAGUACAGAGCUGCUGUCAGCAGGCGCUGCUGCGAAGAGGUGAUGGCCAUCGUGCCCUCUCACUCCGUGUGGCAGCGAGAGAGAUCAGCGCACCACAGCGGAGCCCAGCGGCAGUACACUGACAGAGAUCACAUCCGUGUCCCCCGCGGGCCCUUGGCCUCCCCAGUCUCCUGUGCCCUCUGUCGCUGCGACACCGGGUUAGAUCAGGACCUGGGGCCCUCUUCUGCGCAGACCCCAAAUGCCACCUAUCCACACCUUUUCGCCUCCUUGCUGCCUUUGGAGACCACCCCACCCAGGACUGCAGCAUCUUGCAGGAAGGCAGCGAGGACUAAAAGUCAUGUGCAGCCUUCCUCCUGCUGCUGUGCUAAGGAGGUUCCUAGGGCCCAGUCCUGUGGAUCCGCAUUGGACACUUCCUUGGACUGGAUCAGUGAAGAGUAGAGUCGCCACCUUAGCAGUUUUACCAAGUUCUCCUUCAUACUGCCAACGCAGUGGUGUGAAUUCUCUUCUCUCCUCUUUAACACCACUCGCAUUUUGAAGCAAAGGCCUGAAUCACAAGUGUAACUCACUAGUUUGUGUUCCCGCUCAUGUUAAUGAUUUUAUCACGACUGGUCAAAGCAAAGUCGACUGUUCAAGUGAUAGUGAAAAAAGGGCUAAUCUCAUUCUGCACAUAAUACUGUGAUGGAAACACGCAGUGAAAUUAAUCUGAUGUGCCAAAGAUUAUUAUUGUAACGGUUGUUGUUUAAUACACUGGAGUUACUGCUAUUUAUUUAUAUGCAUAUAUUUAUUUAUUUAUUUAUCUACUGAAGCACUUUUUGAUAUUUUUUUGGACAACCAUAUUUUCACAAAUGGUAAAAGAAAUGGUCAAUUAAUGAGUUUUGCCACUGGCGGUCUUCAACAGUCUGUGUUUUUACUGAUGUUGCCGAUGUGCCUAUGAUCCAACACUUGCCUCUUCUGAGUUUUCAAUAAAAGUUUGAUCUUGAAA